AUGGCCAACUGGGACCCCUUGAGCUGUCUAGAUGAACAGCCGACACCGCUGUCCUUGCGCAGGAUCAUAAAGGAGUUAACGGAAUUCAGCGUGCAGCCACCGGCCGGGAUCUUCAUCGCUCCCGUGGAAGCCGACAUAACUCGGGUCCAUGUGCUCAUGCUCGGAGCUCCCGGUUCUCCGUACGAAGGCGGAUUUUUCCAGUUCUUCGUGAAGUUCCCGUCUAACUACCCGCUGAGCCCUCCCCGCGUUCGGUUCCUCACCACGGACGAAGGCAGGGUUCGCUUUCACCCUCAUCUUUACGAGUGCGGCAAGGUGUGCCUCACAACCUUGGGUACUCGGGGCGGGCUGUGUGACUGGAGCCCCGCGCAGUCACUAUCGAGCACGCUAGUCUCUAUCCAGGCACUGGUGAGCGACUACGUGUUAGACAGUGCCAAUAUCCAGUACGAGACGAUCCGUGUGGCUGUGUGCGACCAAGUGGACGCUGCCCUCAGGGAGGACGCCAUGUGCCCGCCAGCCAUCCGACAGAUAAUACUCCAGUCGUUCCUGGAGUCGUACAGCAAGUACGAAGGUGCCGUCAAGGCUAGGCUCCACAUGUUCAAGAUUCUCAAGGACGUCCUGUUCGCGCCGGGCGGGAGCAAGAUCGCGGAGUACGAGAAGUUGCUGACACGACUAGAGAGCCUCAAGGACAAGGUACAGAUGAAGAGAGAGGCUGAAGCUGCCGCUGAGAUCUAG